AUGCGGAGUGGCUGGAUGAACUUCAGUUGCGAGUUGACUGAAAAUUUCUUCAUUGCCCACCAUUCAAGCUUUCGUGGUGCAAAGUUAUCGUAUCUUGGCAAGGCCAAUCCUGGCGUUUACAGCAGACGGCAGAGAGCACAACCUUGGGAAGAUCUAACCGGUAAUGUAAACCGUGGCACAAGUGAGCGGGUUGCAGUAACGAAUGCUGGUACCGUGUGCUUUUGCCAUUGGAGAGGAACAAUCCAUGGAUUCCGUCAGGCGAACUAUGGCGGCUGUCGCUUAGCAUUCCGCGCCGGGCCUAGCAUUGGGAACCACAGCGUUCAGCCUAUCACGGCCCCUUCUAAAGACGCCAUAACAACGACUGAUGAUGACAAACGUACCUACGUACAGGCGACGCGAUGGGAUUCAAGGGGGAACAAGCCGAUAUGCGGCAUGCUCACAAGUACGCGGCCUAUCUGA